AUGGCCUCGUCGUCGUUGGGGUGGACGGUGCGGGCUGCGUCGGUCGACGACGGCCCUAAGGAGGAGCUGCUCAACCGGGGCCACGUGCCCGUGAGCGGUGACAUCGCCUACCUCCACACCCAGCGUGCCGUCCACUUCAUCGACUUUGGCAAAGCGACGUGGGGCAAGCUGUGCGAGUUUGGUGACGACCAGUCCGGCGUGUUUCUGUUCGAGAAGUGUCUGUACAUACUGCUGCGCCACAACGGGAAGAAGGGCUGCUUCCAGAUAUUCGACCUCCAGACGCAGGCAUGGCGAGCGCCGCUGUCGAUCAAGGGGGAGAUGUGGGCCUCCACCUUCUGUCACGACGACGGCCGCAUCUUCGCCAUCGACGACGGCCGAGUCAACUGCCUCGAUCUCUCGUGGAAGGAGUAUCGGUGGGUCAGGCUGUCGCGGAAGGAGAACGAAGGGCUGAUCGGGACGGAGGGAUUCUCGCUGGCCGUCGCCGACAACAAGAUCUUCGUCUUCGGCGGCAUCAAGCACCUCAAGCACGAGACCAACGCCAUCUGCGGAUUCGACCUGCAGUCGAACGAAUGGGAGGAAGUGGAGACCACCGGCCCCACGCCCAGCCCCCGAUGGGGUCACACGGCGCGAGCCCACACAGCGGGACGAGCAUUGGUGGUAUACGGAGGAUUUUCGAACAACGUGUUCACCAACGACCUCCACCUGCUUCUCCCCUCGAUGGAGUGGCGAGGCCUGGAGGUGAGACACGCGCCGCCGGUGAGCGCCUGGCACGCCGGGUGGAUCCACCAGCCCGCCCAGCGACUGUACAUGAUCGCCGGCGAUGCGUCACGCCUCUACUCCCUCGACCUUCCUUGUUUGAGUCCUGAAAAGAAGGCUCAUGACAGUAUCAAGCAGGAGAUCACCAGCCGGGUGCAGGAGCAGGUGAGCCGCGAGCUGAAGAAGAUACGGCGCGAGAUGGUGGAGGAGAUGAAGCGGCUCAAGAUCGAGAUCAACUUCCAGAAGAAGACGCGGUCGGAGAUCGAAAUGGAGAACAUGUACCUGAAGGAGGAGCGCCUGCAGUGGGAGAAGGACAUGGACGACCUCAAGGCCGUCGUCGUCGAGUGGCGGCAGGAGGCCCUCCACAUGCGCGAUCAGCUCACUGCCCUGCACAGCGAAGUUGAACGCCAAAAGGAGGAAAUUGCCAAGCUUCGUGCGGUGGGCUCGUCGGCGAGCGGCAUCGGGAACGGGUCGCCCAUCAUCGAGUCCAAGCACAUCGACUUCAAGGACUCGGUUCGCCUGGGCGACGGUGCCUACGGGAAAGUGUACCUGGCCAGGUGGCGCGGCCUCGAGGUGGCCGUCAAGAAGUUCCGCCGGCAGGUGCUCACCGCCGAGAACAUGUACAAAAUACAGCACGAGGUCAACCUCAUGCGGCAGGUGAGCAUUCACCCGAACUGCGCGACGCUCUACGGGACGUGCCGACCGGCGGGGAAGAAGGGAAUAUGGAUCGUUAUGGAGGCUGCCACCGGCAGCGUGCGGGACGUCCUGAGCAAGCUCGGUUCGCUACCUCUCCACACCGCGGUGAGAAUCGCGGCGGACGCUGCGCAGGCGUUGGCCUUUCUUCACUGCAACGGCAUCGCACAUCGAGACAUGGCCGCCCGGAAUGUGUUGGUCACGAAGGACAUGCGGGGUCUCCUCUCCGACUUUGGCCUCUCCCGGCUGGUCUCCGAUACCAGCGCCUCGCUGCACACCCACACCGUCGGCAACAUUCGCUGGAUGUCGCCGGAUGAGCUGCUGUCGACCGAGGACUACACGUCGUUCGAGAUCUCGUCAAAGGCCGACGUGUGGUCCUUCGGCGUCUUUCUGUGGGAGAUCGGCACCGGCAAGCUCCUGCGGCCCUACUCCAAUAUGAGCGACGCCCAGGUCGUGGCCGUGCUGCGGGCCGGCAAGACCCUGGCGGUAGACUGCCACGGCUUCCACCCGACCAUCCGCGCACUCCUGCAGCGCUGCUGGCGCACCGAGCCCUCGAGCAGGCCUGCGAUGGAGACGGUGCAGCGGGAGCUGGCCGGGCUCGCGGAGGAACUGCGCCAAGAGGCGGCCGAGAGCGGCGCCAAUCCGCCGUCGCCUCCGCCUGCAAAGAAGCCGAACGACGCGGGCGUGACCAAGCGGCCGGCACCGGCGGCGGCGGCCAAGCGUAACGCGUCGCCACGGCCCGGGCGUGAGGAGAAUUCCAUGCGGACGGCACUGCGUACGGCCAUGGACAAGCGCCGCACCUCCUUCGAGGACCUCAACUCGGCCACAGAGCCCUCCCAAGACUCCACCUCCUCCUCCAUAUGGCGGCCUUAG